GGCCAGACCCAGCUCUGCUCUACUUCUGUCCUCCCCUGCUUCUCUCUCUCUCUCUCUCUCUCUCUCUCUCUCUCCUCCGCCUCCGGCCUUCUCCUCCUUUUCCUCCUCCUCCACUUCCGUUUAUCCCCACCGGAUCUCCACUAUCCCAGACAUCUCCGGGCCAGGGCAAGAAUAACAGUGACAAUGCGGCUUCUCUUAUCCCUUGGCCUCCUCCUCUCCCUCCUCUUCCUCUCCGGCUACAUUCAGGUGUCCCUCGGACACAACAUCACCGAGAUCCUCGCGGAGCACCCAGAGUUCUCGACCUUCAACAACUACCUCACUGCCACCCACCUUGCCGGCGAGAUCAACCGCCGGAAGACCAUCACCGUCCUCGCCGUCAGCAACGCCGGCAUGGCCCCCCUCCUCGCCAAGCACCUCACUGUCUACGCCCUCAAGAACGUUCUCUCCCUCCAUGUCCUCGUCGACUACUUCGGCGCCAAGAAUCUCCACCAGCUUAACGGCGGCACAGCAGCCUCCUCCUCCCUCUUCCAGGCCACCGGCACCGCCCCUGGCACCACCGGCUUCGUCAACAUCACCAACCACCGCGCCGGCCGCGUAUCCUUCUCCGCCGAGGACGUCGCCGACUCCGCCCCGGUCAACUUCGUCAAGUCCAUCGAAGAAAUCUCCUACGACCUCGCCGUCAUCGAGAUCAGCUCCGUCCUCUCGUCGCCGGAGGCGGAGGCCCCCACGCCGGCGCCCGCCCAGGUGAACCUCACCACCCUCAUGUCCAAAAAGGGCUGCAAGACCUUCGCCGAUCUACUCGUUGCCACGGGCGACGCCGAGAUGACCUUCGAGAGCAACGUCGGCGGAGGAUUGACGGUAUUCUGCCCGAUCGACCGGGCGAUGAAGGCUUUCAUGCCCAAGUUCAAGAACCUCACCGCCGACGGCAAGCUCUCGGUGCUCCUCUACCACGGGAUCCCGGUCUACAACUCGAUCCAGAUGCUCAAAUCCAACAACGGAGUCGUCAAUACGCUGGCCACGGACGGGACGGCGAAGAACUACAACUUUACGGUCCAGAACGACGGCGAGGUGGUGACGCUGAAGACGACGGUGAUGGUGGCCACGAUCACGGGUACGCUGAUCGACGAGGACCCGCUGGCGGUGUACAUGAUCGACGCGGUGCUCGAGCCGCGGGAGCUGUUCAAACCGGAGAAGGCGAAAGCGCCUGCGCCUGCGCCGGCGGCCGAGGCGGAGGCGCCUACCAAGUCAAGGAAGCGCCACCACGCGUCGCCGCCCGCACCGGCGGGGCCGGAGGAGGCGCCGGCGGGUGAUGAGAAGGCCGCGAAUGAUGAGAACGCCGCCGGCGGCAGGGCUUGCGCCGAGCCAUGGGUCGCGGCGGCCACGGCGGUAGCGGUUGCGGCCGUUAUGGUGGCCUAGUUUUUAAUUUUUAUUAAAAAAAACUUUAUUCUCCUUCUGAAUUUGAUCGGGAGGGAAUAAGAGAGCGAUCUCUGGUGUUUUUUACCUUUUCGGUUUAUUUGUAUUGUAAUUUUUACUUUUUUUUCUUUUUUAAGUGUCUUCUUGCUAGUUUUGGUAUUGUUUGGAUUGUCCAAAACUCCAAAUUGAUGGAUCUCUUUUCUUUCUUUUUUUAUGAAAAUCAUUUGUGAUUAUGAGUGUUGCUAUUAAGGAUGAAAGAGUGCAAGGAUUGUGUUAAUGUAGUGGUGGCUUUUGUUGUUCCAAAAUUGUUGCUUUCAACUUUAUAGAAAAUGCAACAAAAAGGUUAUUUUUGUUUAGGA